GUGUGUACGCCGGGAGGAGGUGAGAGGAGGGGGAUGAGUGAUUGUGAGAUUAUCAAAAUGACGCGUGAGGUGCUCAAACCCGAUCACCCAGAUCUCUGGCGCUCAUGGUGUGAUAUCGUCGGAUGGUCAGGGACGGAGCAUGAGAUUCUCCAGGCGCAGCGUUCGUCAUACUCGAACCCUGGGUCAUACGAUUCGACGCCUACGGAUGAGAAUGGUGGAGGUGCGGGAAUGGCGGUGGGUAGCGCUAGUAAGACGAGUUGGAGUUGGAUGAGAGAGGAGGGUGGGAGUAGGGGUAUGAUGGAUUAUAGUCCGGAGCCGCAGUUGUCUCCGGGUGACGUACGCUCCAAUCCCGGGUCGGCUGUGGGUUAUGUCGAUGCGUAUACGGGUGGUGUCGGUGCUGGGUUGGGCAUGUCUGGACUCGAAAGACCGAGGAGUGGGAUGGGGUUAGGGAGGAGAGAGAGUGAUGAGUUGGAUGUAUUGAGGGAGGAGGAUGAGUUUUGAAGCACUCGGGAUGGCAUAUUGGUAGUUCUGGUUUUGGUUUUUGGU